GGGCGGCAGGGCCCGCCUCCGCCGCUCGGCACGGCAGCACCGCGGACAGCGCCAGUCCCGCCGCGCCGCCCGGCACGGCCCCGGUGACAGCGCCGGUUCCCCCGGCGCAGCCCAGCCCGGCCCGGGCCCCCCCGCGCCAUGGCCACGGAGGUUCACAGCCUGCAGGAGCUGCGGCGCAGUGCAUCUCUGGCCACCAAGGUCUUUGUGCAGAGGGAUUACAGCGAUGGGACCACCUGCCAGUUCCAGACAAAGUUCCCCCCUGAGCUGGAGAGCCGGAUCGAGCGGCAACUCUUUGAGGAAACAGUGAAAACCCUUAAUGGCUUCUAUGCUGAGGCAGAGAAGAUUGGGGGCAGCUCCUACCUGGAGGGGUGCCUGGCCUGUGCCACUGCCUAUUUCAUCUUCCUCUGCAUGGAGACGCACUACGAGAAGGUCCUGAAGAAGAUCUCCAAGUACAUCCAGGACCAGAACGAGAAGAUCUAUGCACCACGGGGGCUGCUGCUCACUGAUCCCCUGGAGCGUGGCAUGAGGGUCAUUGAGAUCUCCAUCUACGAGGACCGGUGCAGCAGCGGCAGUUCCAGCAGUGGCAGCUCCAGCAGCAGCAGCAGUGGGGGGGGUGGUGGGGCAGGGGGCCGGUGACUGGCAGGGGGUCCCUGCAGGGACUCGUACUGCCAGGACAGUGGUCUGUCCGAGCUCCGCAGGCUGCACUACCAGAGCACCCGCUUCUGAGCCAGGGAGAGUGGGAGGGGGAGGCUGGGGGCUCCUACCCCGGUCUGCUCUGUGUCCCCCACAGCUGCUCUGCCCCUGCUCAGACCCACUGUGGGCAGGGGCUGGUGCUGGUGCAUCCCAGGUGCUUCCCACUGAGAGAAACUGGUGCCAAGGGGCUGCUGCAGCCCACCGGGUGCUCGCUGUUGCUUCCUCUGCCCCAAGUGAAGGAGAUAGCCCAGCUGUGUAAAGAGCGCCCUGUGUGUCAUGCAUCAGGGAGCAGCAGGACUGGUAAAACCCCAGGCAGUGCUAAGGGGGACACACACACUUUUCCCUAAGCCCAUGGGCACUGUCAGCCCUUGCUGCACCCCUCCCUGGGGUGUCCUGCUCUUGGAACUGUGGGGAGGCUCAGCUGCUGUAUGCCGUGUGCCUGGCAGAGCCCUGGUGCUGCUUUGUCUGCAUGAGGGUGCCAUGCAUUCACCCCAGCCCUGCCCCACACACUGUCCAUUGCUGCUCCCAGCCCUGGCUGGGUGCCCUCACCCAUCUGGUAGCAGUGUCCUUGCCAGCACUGUCCUUCAGCACUACCCAUGACACUGGGCAUUUGCUUCUGCUCCCUGCCUGACCCACUGCCAUCCCCAGCUGCACCCAGAAAGCUUCCCAGCCCCAGGCCACAUGCCCAGGGCAGGGAUGCACAGUGCUGGGCAGGCCCUUGCCCUUGUGCAAGGCUCAUGCACAGCACAGCUCCACCAGAACCCUUCCUCUCCUGCUGCUGAGCCUUCCCUUGCCCACAAAUCCUGCAUGCACCUGCAGCACCCCAGUUCUCAGCCUGGCCUGCAGUGAGGACCCCAAGGGGCACCUGGGGUUGGCUGCAAGGUGUGGGGAUUCAUUAGCCAAGGUCAGAUGGUGGGGAAUAGGAGGGUCCCUGUGAUAUCCAGCACCCUGAGGAGAAGAGUCCCUGCCUGGGUGCAGGGAUGAACUGAGGCAGCACUGCUCUCCUGGGACCCUGGAGGGAAAACCCUGCCCCCCCCGGGACUCCCUUUGGCUCUGUCAUGGAGCAUGUGUGGGGUGGCCCUAGCCCUAGCAUUCCCACAGGGGCUCUGCUGCAUGGAGACCUUCCUCAAUAAACCCUGGCUUCAUCCCUCA